UCUCCUUACAGACUACAUGGCAGUCUAAUCGUUUUAUCGUGCAGUUUCAUUAAUAACAGGAUUGUAUUAAGAUAUGCUAUGAGAAGGUGGAAUGGAAAGCAACGACUGCCUGGAUGCCAAGUCUUCCAUGCCAGAUGAACAGUCCUUCAUUGAAGGUGUCAGUGACCCGGUCCUGUUUGUGGUUAUCUUAUGUGUGACGUUCCUAGUUGGACUGGUCACGCUGCUCAGCAGAAAUGAGCAGCAGAGGAUCCACCCGGAGAAUCAGGAGCAUGUACGAGCAGUUCGACAGCAGUUACAGACAGAGCAGGAAGAAUCAGCCACACCGAGGCAUCAGUACUACUCAGACAUGUCCUGUCCAGUGUGCCUCCAGCAGGCCGUGCUCCCAGUAGAGACAAACUGUGGCCAUCUGUUCUGUGGUUCCUGUAUUAUUGCGUACUGGCGCUAUGGCACCUGGCUUGGCGCCAUAAAUUGUCCAAUCUGUAGACAAGGGGUGACCCUGCUGUUCCCACUUUUUCGCUACACAGAACAGAACAAUCAAACUCGGCAAGGGCAGCCUGAUCCAAACUUAAUCCUCAAUGAUGUUAAUGACUACAACCGCAGGUUUUCAGGACAACCCAGAUCGCUGCUGGACCGAUUGCGUGACGUUCCCACUCUGCUGCGCCACGCCUUCAGGGAGAUGUUCUCAGUCGGUGGGCUCUUCUGGAUGUUCCGGAUCCGGAUCUUACUGUGCCUGGUGGGGGCGCUGACCUACCUGGCCUCCCCGCUGGACUUCAUCCCAGAGGCUUUGUUCGGCCUGCUCGGCUUCAUGGAUGACUUUUUUGUCAUCCUGCUUCUUUUCAUUUACAUCUCCAUCAUGUACAGGGAGGUGGUAACACAGAGGCUGGCCACUUGAACUAAAGCACCCAGAUAUUUGUUUAUUAUUUAAAUAACAUUUCUUUCGGCUCCUUCGGUGUCGCCACAGUGGAUCAUUCUGGUGUGCGUACUUGCAUUGGCACAGUUUUUCUGCCGGAUGCCGUUCCUUUUGCAAUAUUUCUUAUUUUAAACUUGGUUUGAGACCGGCUUUAAAUAAUGUCCUUUAUUUAGUUUAGACAUUAAUGCAAGAUAUUGUAAAAAGGUUUAUUAGUUUAUAAUAGGUAUUUUUGUGUGUGGGCCCUGUCCUGUGGAAGUAAGUGUUGUGCCUUUUUGCCAAUAUGGAAAAUGUAAAUAUUUCAGGGCCAGGUUUUGAAGCGUCAUCUCAGCAGAAAUGAUUGUCUUGAUGCGUCAACAAACAGAUUGGAUGCUAAAAUUAAUUUUUUUAUUAUUUUUUUUCCCCCUUUGGUUUAUUCUGUAAAUGCUGAAUCAAUAAAACAUUUGAUUUUUUUGUU